GCCUUCAAAAUCUAACAUCUCCAGCAGCAUAAUGUUCUUCUUGAAGCUCUCUCUACUCAUCUUGCUGGUUGCAGCUCCAGUCUUGCUCGUUACUGCAGAGAAUGUAAUCACCUGUUAUGGCAGCGUCCAGCGCCUCCGCUGUGAGACUGGACUAAUAAGGGUGAAGUCUGCUAUAUAUGGCCGUACAGAUGGCAGCACUUGUAGCAUUGGACGCCCACCAUCUCAAAUCCAGAACAUCAACUGCUCCUUGAAGAUUCCUCUGAUCUCCAAGAGGUGUGAUGGGCGCAGUAUGUGUGAGUUUAAGACUGAUGUGAUCAACAGUCCUGAUCCAUGUUUUGGAACUUUCAAGUACUACAACACCACAUAUGACUGCAUCCAAGCCCGUGCCACUGUGGCAUGUGAGGAUGGCUACAGCACACUGGACUGUGGAAAUGAUGUGAUUCAGAUCUUUAAUGCUAAUUAUGGACGCACUGAUAAUAAGAUCUGCUCAGAGGAACUUCCCAGCUCUCAGACUACGAACACCAACUGUUACGCGCCUGACACUCUUACUAGUGUGGCCAUACGGUGCAACGGAAAGAGCCGCUGCACUUUGCAAGCUUCAUACACCAUCUUCACAGAUCCUUGCUUUGGGACAUCCAAGUACUUGGCUGUGUCCUAUUUCUGUCUCCCACGGCCUGUUCAAACCAGUGUGACCUGUGAAGGCGACAAUGCUGUACUGACGUGUGGAGAAGGAGUUUUAAAAAUCCAAGCUGCUAACUAUGGCCGAACCGAUUCCACCACAUGCAUUGCUGGACGACCCGUCAAUCAGAUCACCAAGAACGACUGCUACGCAACCAGCUCUCUAACUGAAGUUACAAACAGAUGUGAAGGCAAGACCAGCUGCACAGUACCUGCCUCAAACGAUGUAUUCUCUGACCCCUGUGUCUAUACUUACAAGUACCUGACCAUCGUGUAUUCCUGUGUGGUUUAACCGACAACUCAAGGGAUUCCGGCUUGUUCUUGUUUUCCUCCGUCUUUCUGAGAAGGAAUCAGAUCCUGUUUUACAUAUGUGCCCCUGAAGAAGUUUUCUUUCUGUUUUAAUCACUCUGGCAUGCAUAUUAAAUAUAUGAAAUGACCACUGGAAUCAUUUUCCAUCCUUACCUGCUUUCUUAUAUGUAAUUAUAUUUUAAUCAGUCAUUAAAAACAAUUAACAUCA